AUGGGGGUCUAUGGGGGGUCUUUGCCCCCUCCCCGCGCCGUUCCCCCUUUCCCCUCCCGGGCCUGCCCCGCUCCCCGCGCUCACUCCCGGCGUGUCGCUCCCGCAGAUUCCAGCGUGAAGAAGAAGAGGAAGAAGGACAAGCGGGCGCUCGCCGACGAGGAUGUCGCGGACAUCCAGCACACCGAGGACUUUCUCAUCAAGCCCGCGUCCCGGGUGCCCCAGCUGGACACGUCGCAGUGGCCCUUGCUGCUGAAGAACUUCGACAAGUUAAAUGUGAGGACAGCACACUACACACCUCUGCCUUCCGGUGCUAAUCCUCUGAAGAGAGAGAUUUCUGAUUAUGUUAGGUCUGGCUUUAUUAACCUCGACAAACCUUCCAAUCCAUCCUCCCACGAGGUGGUUGCGUGGAUCCGCCGCAUCCUCCGAGUGGAGAAGACGGGCCAC